CAACAGGGCGGGGAAGAAACGCUCAGAUCAGCGUGAGCUCUCCCAUAAAAACAGUCAAUAGGGAGAAAAAGCGGCAGGUCCCUGGGAGAACCGGGACACGUAGGAUAAGCUGGCAAACUGCCCGGAGAGGGAAGUUGCAGUAACAGAGGAGCAGAGAGGGAAGCAGCAGAUCCCUGUGGCCUCCCCCACCCACAAGGCCUCCUCGCCCGGCCCUACAGAAAGGGAAAUAAACAAGAGCAAACCAAGAACCCACUAGACCGUGAGCACAAGGGAACCAGGGGCACCUCACCAGAUAGCCAGGAACUGGGGAAACGUGCGCGUUCCUGUGGGAAGAGCCAAGGGCGUGAGCGAAAGGCACCUGGAAGCCCAAACUGGGCGCCCCCAGAGCAAGGCGGGGACCCCGCGGAGACCCGCAAACAGCCAAGGGCAGCCGGGGCGCGGGAAGCACAGGCGGAUGCGGCUGCCCAGGUCCCCGCCCGCGCCCUGGGGCUGUGGGGAGACGCUGCAGCCGGCACUGGGGUCUGAAGACCCAGUAGGGCACCUGCCUGGAUGGUGGGACUCAGGGGCUGGUGAGACACCAGGACACGGAGGAGGAGCCUUUCCCAGCUUCCAGGACAAUAUCUGUGGUGACUGAAUGGAGGAGCAGGGAAACCAAGGAGGGGAUCCAGGGGCCAGUCCAGGGGGGACAGAAAAUCUGUGAGGAUAGACUCUGAGGUGGACUGGUACAACACAGCAGUUUCAACUGUUAUGUUCUCAGUUUGUGUGGGGAAAUGUGACCUCAGACCAACAUUUUAUACAAUGCUGUGGUAACAGUAACAAAGCACCUGUGAAAUUUUCUGCCAAGUUUGUUUCCUUAGUGUUCAGGGGCAGAUACUCCCCCCCCACCAUGGGGAAAUUCUUCUUCUCUGUUUGAUUCACAAAAAACUAUACACCCCCUUACACCACAGUGUCGGUGGGAAUCAUUCAUGCAUUUUAAUAUUGUCCUCUGCUUAGGCUUAAGGAGGCAAAUUGCACAAAAACUAGCUGGAUACAAUCUGAGCACUUUCAAUGGUCAUUUCCGCUAAAACCUGGGAAAUAAUUUGACUGUCCCACCACUUUACAAAGGGAAGACAAUCAGCAUCAUCCUGCUCCAGUUACAAAGUCUCCAAGGACCCUCCUGGACUCCUUCUCCCCAGGCCCCUGGAUGGGUGUGAUGCCCCUCCCCCUCCUGCUGCUGCUCUGGGGGCCCCUGGCCCUGAUGGAGACCCGGGCGGGUUCCCACUCCCUGAGGCUUUUCUACACCGCGAUGUCCCGGCCCGGCCUCGGGGUCCCCCGCUACAUCGCUGUGGGCUACGUGGACGACACGCAGUUCGGGCGGUUCGACAGCGACUCUCCGGGCCAGAGUGCGGAGCCGCGGGCGCCCUGGGCGGGGCAGGUGGGGCAGGAGGACCUGGACGAGGAGACUCAGAACCAAAGGGACAACGCACAGUGGUUCGAAGCGCUCCUGAAGGACCUGCGCGGCCGCUACAACCAGAGCGAAGAUGGGUCUCACACCCUCCAGAGCAUGUGUGGCUGUGAAGUGGGGACAGACCUGCGUCUCCGCGGCGGGUAUGAAAAGUUCGCCUACGACGGCGCGGAUUUCAUCUCCCUGAGCGAGGACCUGCGCUCCUGGACCCCCGCGGACUCGGGGGCUCAGAUCACCCAGCGCGAGUGGGAGGCGCAGGGGAGGGCCGAGCGCGUCAGGAAUAUUAUACAGAGCAAGUGCUUCCAGUGGCUCCUCAGAUUCUUGGUUUGGGGGAAGGAGGUGCUGCAGCUCACAGAUCCCCCCAAAACACAAGUGACCCACCACCCCACCUUUGAGCAUAAGGUCACCCUGAAGUGCUGGGCCCUGGGCUUCUACCCUGCGGACAUCACCCUGACCUGGCAGCGUGAUGGGGAGAACCUGACUCAGGACACAGAGCUGGGGGAGACCAGGCCUGGGGGAAAUGGAACCUUCCAGAAGUGGAUGGCUGUGGUGGUGCCUUCUGGAGAGGAGCAGAGAUACACGUGCCAUGUGCAGCAUGAGGGGCUGUCGGAGCCUACUGCCCUGACUUGGGUGCCCCCUCGUCAGUCCUCCGUCCCCAUCGUGCGCAUCGUUGUUGGCCUGGUUCUCCUUGGAGCUAUGCUCACUGAAGCUGUGGUGGCUGCAGCUAUGUAUGUGGUGGAGGAAUACGCACUCAGGGGUACAGGCAAUCAGCUACAGUCAGGCUGCAGGUGUUACUCUGAGGGAACGCGACUCCCCAGAUAUGUGAGCUCACAUGAGACAUCGGAACCGUGGAUGGCCUGCCCGGACGCUGCAAACCAGCUCAGACUGACCCUGCAGAGAGACUCCUGCCCAGCACUGUGACCUGUUGCAGCCCUGCUCCAACCACAGCCCGGAAGCGGGUUGGCCUGCGCACAGCCAGGUGCAUCACGGUGCUUCACGAGGUGAAGCUCGAGGUGCAUCACGGGGAAUGCUUAUGGGCUGCUGGAUUGGACCCAGUGGUGGCUGCUUCUCUUGUUUCCCUUGGUGGGACAGCAUCACCACACUGUGCCUUGGCUCCCUCCUGUCCUGGGUCCACUGAUCUCCAUUCUUGUAAUGCUCACCCUUGGGCCGUGGCUUUUAAUCUGGCCACACGGUUAAUCCAGUCCUGUUUGGAGGCUAUUAAACUCCACAUGUUAGUUAGACAAUAUGAGCUCUUAGGCUCCUUUCCUGCUGCUUGCUAUGAGUCCAUACCUUGAUACUCCCUAGCACAUAGUAGGGACAUCAAAAGGGGGAGAAUGAAACAGAAAGUUUCCCAAGGCUGCUGCAUGGGGGAGUCUACCACUUUGAUUCUGCUGCUUGCUGAAGCGAAGAAGUUGCUGUGUGUGCUGCACUGCUUGUCCGUGGUGGUAACCGUGACUCCCUUGAACCCCCUUCCCAAACUAUAAAGAAUUCUUAUGCUAUGGUGGAUGGGAUAGCAAGUUUCCUUAUAUAAAUUGUAUAAAACCUUGCCAUUCUUGUUCUUGGGUGCUCAGCCCUUUGGGGAACAUUCCCACUGAGCACGCUAGUGUGACAUUAAAUCUCUCUCCACCUCUCUAAGUGCUGUCAGAUUUCUCUGGGAAAUUGCUGUAACAAAACCACUUCAUGUCUGUGAGAAUGGCCUAUAUCAGAAAGACCAGACAUUAAUAAGUGCUGGCAAGGACAUGGCGAAUAGAGAACAGUCCUACAUUGUUUAUGGGGAUGUAGAUGGGUUCAGUUUUGAUGGAAACAGUAUCAAGAUUUCUGCAAAUAGCCAAAGCUCUCCUGACUAAAAAGAAAGAGAAUGGAGGCAUCACACUCCCAGACUUCAAACUGUACUAUAAAGCCAUAAUAAUUAAAACACUACGAUACUAGAACAAAAAAAAACACACAGACCAAUGGUAUUGAAUAGAAAACCCAGAAAUAAACCCACAUAUUUAUGGACAACUAAUCUUUGACAAAGGAGCAAAGUAUAGGCAAUGGAACAAGGACUGUUUGUUCAAUAAAUGGUGAUGGGAAAAUGAACUGCUACAAACAAAAAAUGAAGCUAGACUACUACCUCACACCAUGCACAAAAACCAACUGAAAUUUGAUAAAAGAAUUCAACGUAAGACCUGAAACCUUAAAAUACAUAGAAGAAAAUAUAGGCAAAACACUACAUGAUAUAAACAUCCAUAAUAUCUUUAAAGACACAACCCAAAAAGCAAAGAAAGUAAAGGAAAAGAUAAACAGCUGGGAUUACAUCAACCUAAAAAGCUUUAGUACAGCAAAAGAGAUAUUAACUAAAACAGAGAGAUCCUUCUGAUUGGGAGAAAAAUUUUGCUCACAAUGCAACUGGUAAGAGACGAUAACAAAGAUCUACAAAGAACUCACAGGACUCAACAAAAAUAAACAAUCCAGUCAAAAAAUGGGAAGAAGAGCUAAAAAGAUUUCUCCAAAUAGGAAAUGCAAAUGGCCAACAGGUAUAUGAAAAAAUGUUCAACAUCACUUAAAUCAGGGAAAUGCAAAUCAAAACCACAAUGAGAUACUGCCCUAAACCAGUGAGAAUGGCACAUAUUAAAAAGACAGGAAACAUAAGGGGGGUGGGAAUUGUAUGGGGAAUAAAACCAAGAUGAAAAUGCAUUUAUUGUGCAAAAAUGAUGUAAAAAUAUAUAAAAUAAAUAAAAUAUUUUAAAAAAUAGUCAACAACAAAUGUUCUCAAGGAUGUGGAGAAAAGGGAAUUCUCCCACUGGCUGGUGGGAAUAUAAACUGGUCCAACCAUUAUGGAAAACUGUGUGCAGUUUCCUCAAACUACUAAAAUGGAGCUGCCAUAUGACCCAGCAAUUCCACUCCUAAGAAUCUACCCGAGGGAUACAAAAGCAUUAACUCAAAAGGAUACAUGUCCCUCCUAUAUUUAUUGCAGCAGUAUUUAUAAUAGGUAAGAUGUGGAAACAACUCAAAUAUUCUAAAAUAGAUGACUGGAUCCAGAGGAUGUGGUGUAUAUACAAUGGAAUACUAUUCAGCAAUCUAAAAAUAUCAGCACAUGCCAUUCUCAAUGUGGAUGGAACUAGAGGGGAUUAUGUUCAGUGAGAUAAACCAGAGAGAUGAAGAAAAAUAUUGGUUGAUUUCACUUAUAAUAGGAAUAUAGGGGAAUCAAACAGGGACCAGGAAAAUAAAUAGCAGUAGUAAUAAAUAAAUAAACAAAAUUAGCAGAAAACUAUAAAUCAGAGACAUUUUGCAAGGGAGGGGGAGGUAGAAGAAGCAAAACAGGGGAGAAGAGCACAAGGGACUAGGAUGAUGGUUCAUGGGUGAAUUGGUGCUGGGAAUUUUAUGGGGAAUACACCUGAGGAGAAAGCAUACAA